GACAAGAUGGUGCAGAGCUUCAUCCUGGACAUGCAGACCGGCCACAUCUCGACGGCCUCCAAGUCUUGUUUGACUGCGCACUUGUGCUCUGAUAGUCCCUACACAGAUGAUGGCCUUUGUGUGCGUCCUUGUGGCAGCGGUCCUCUGGAAGUCUCCAACCAGACCUGGGUAUGGCAUCCGGAUGGAAGCCUGCGGCUUCGAGCACGAUCAGAUCUCUGCCUUACGGCUGGAG